GCCGAGUUCGCCGUUCUCAGGCAGCAACGAGACAACCCCAACGACGAUCUACUGACCCAAACUCCAACCCGCCCAACACAACCAACAACCAUGCCACCCAAAGGAAAAGCAAAGGCCGACCCCGUCCCGACCCUCGAGGAAGAUGACAUCGACAACAUGGACUUUGACCUGCCGGAGGAGGUGCUCCGCCGGCCACCACAACAGUCCGCCGUUGCCGUUUCCGCAUCCUCCUCCACCGGCUCGUUACCAUCAGGAGCGACUGAAGCCACUGCCGCUAUGCGGGAAGCUGUCAAAAGCUGGACAGUAGUCUACCCCAUUUACAUCUCCUCCGCCGGCCGCGCGCACCGCAAAAUCCCACUCAAAGAAUGCCCCACCGCAACCCCCUCCGCCGUCUACAUCGCCGAAUGCGUGCGCUUCCUCCGUCUCCCCGCCGCCAUCGAAGCCGACAAGCGGCACCCCGCCGACCCACUGGUCUUUGGCCGGAUCCGCGUGCAACUGCGCGACGACUCAACAAAGACGCCGCUGAAUGGGAAGAUCCGCACGAAACGGGAGCUGUUGAGGGAGAUUGCAAAGAUAUAUAAUGGGAUUGAGGAGAAGGUGAAUGCGAGCGAUCCGCAGGCAAGGGCGAUGGCCGCGGCGAGUCGGAGUGAGGUGUCGAGUAUCGUCGAGGAGAUGGUGAAGGAAAUCAAGGGAAAGGAGGCGACGGCGGGGCAGGGCGGUGGGUCGAAGAAGAAGAAGGGGAAGAAAUAGGGACGACAUUAGGUUUGAAGGGGUUGGUGGUGGAGAUGCGACACCAGCUGCGGACCUCUGUGGCUCUGGCCAGUCCUCCCUCCGAGUCGUACGCAUUCGCCACCGCAUCCCUCGUUCGUUAUCUGGGGAAUGCGCUUUGCAGGGCCCCUAUCUCCCAGGCAGCAGCAUCUCCCCCGCAUAUCGAGAUGGAUCUUUUCGCAUAGGGGAACUCUAGGGAGAUUGCAGCGUAUGGGAAGCGUCUUAGCUUUACGCAACCAAGCUCACUACUGUAUUGAUCGGCAGAUAGUGACGAAUAUACAAAUAUGCAUCCAACA